AUUGAGGAAUGGCAGAUGGAAUAUCUAAUUUCUGGGGCCCUGCCACGUCCACCACUGAGUGGUGUGAGCAGAACUACGUGUACUCUCCCUAUGUUGCGGAGUUUUACAACACCAUGUCAAAUAUCCCAUGCAUUCUUUUGGCACUCAUUGGUCUUAUAAAUGCCUUGAGACAACGAUUUGAGAAAAGAUUUAGUGUCCUUCACUUAUCAAAUAUGAUACUCGCCAUUGGGAGCAUGCUAUAUCAUGCCACUUUGCAGUGGGUGCAACAGCAAUGUGAUGAAACACCAAUGGUGUGGGAAAUGCUCCUAUAUCUCUACAUCCUCUAUUCACCAGACUGGCAUUAUCGGAGUACUAUGCCCACAUUUUUGUUCCUAUACGGUGCAGUUUUUGCCAUUUUACAUUCACAGGUCCGUUUUGAUAUUGGAUUUAAGCUGCAUUAUAUGUUACUCUGCCUUCUUUGCAUCCCUAGGAUGUACAAAUAUUACAUUUACACAGAAGAUAGAUCUGCAAAAUGGCUCGCAAAGUUAUAUUUGAUCGCCUUAUUGCUUGGGAGUCUUUGUUGGCUUUGUGAUCGUCUGUUCUGCAAGAAUAUUUCUUGCUGGUACUUCAAUCCCCAAGGUCAUGCUUUGUGGCAUGUCUUCAUGGGUUUUAACUCAUAUUUUGCAAACACAUUCCUGAUGUUCUGCCGUGCUCAGCAACGAGGAUGGGACCCAAAAGUUAAGUACCUCAUGGGCUUUUUCCCCUAUGUGAAGAUUAAAAAACCGAAGAUCCAGUGAAAGAAAUUUCUGCUUGGAAAAGCCAAACCUCUCACACUUUGGAGGUAGGGGCGUGAUUUUGGACAUGUAAGCUAAGGCAAGUAGUCAAUUAUUUUUGGUUUCCUCUUUUCUCCCCCAUUUUGAACAACGAAAUGUAAAUGAUGACUUUUUUGGUUGGUUGGAAGUGCUUAAAUUUAUUCUAUAACUAGUUUGGUUUCAAAUGUACUAUAUUUAUGUACUUCCACAGAACGAUUUAAUCAGGCAGUGUUGUCAGUUGAUUCCCCUCCUCCUCCUCCUCCUCUCUCUUCCCUUUCUGUUCAAAAAUUUGUUGGGAAAUUGAUUCAUUUUUCCCUUUUUAGAGAAUGCUGAGAAAGGUGGUUUGGUUUGAUGUAGAAACACAGAAUCUGACAUUUAUU